GAAAUCCUCUCUCCGUCUCUCUCUCUGGAAAGAAAGCGAACAGACGCCAUGGACGUUGCUUAUUUCCACAACAUCCCCUUCCCUUCUCCCAUUCCCUCUUCUCCUUCUGUCUCUCCCUCUUCUCCUCGCUUUCGGUCUCUCUCCUUUCUAUCAAGGGUUUCCAUUUCGAAUCCCUUCCUCAAAAAUCCUAGCGAUUCACCUGCAUUUCGCCCGAUCCUUCGACGGAAUCUCUGCUCGGCCUGUGGCGGCGCUGAUACGCUGGUCGCCGGACCGCAGAAAGAAGGGAAUUUGCGCCCAUUCGUUAGUGGCAACGGAGGAGGUGAUGAAAUCGGGGACUUGAAGUCCUGGAUGCACAGCAAAGGGCUGCCACCUUGUAAGGUCGUUCUCAAGGAGAAGGCAUCACAUGACGAGAACCUCCGUCCGAUUCAUUAUGUUGCUGCGAGCGAGGAUCUUGAUGCAGGGGAUGUAGCAUUCUCGGUUCCGAAUUCGUUGGUAGUAACUCUCGAGAGGGUUUUGGGGAACGAAACGAUUGCGGAGUUGUUAACAACCAACAAAUUAUCAGAGUUGGCCUGCUUGGCAUUGUAUCUCAUGUAUGAAAAGAAGCAGGGGAAGAAGUCUUUCUGGCAUCCAUUUAUUAGAGAGCUUGAUCGCCAACGUGGAAGAGGGCAGCUUGCUGUUGAAUCUCCACUUCUGUGGUCAGAAAGUGAAUUGGCAUACCUGACCGGCAGCCCUACAAGGGCUGAAGUGCUUGAAAGGGAUGAAGGGAUCAAGAGAGAGUACAAUGAGCUAGACACAGUUUGGUUUAUGGCUGGUUCAUUGUUUCAGCAAUAUCCUUAUGACAUACCUACCGAGGCUUUUCCAUUUGAGAUCUUCAAACAAGCUUUUGUAGCAGUUCAGUCUUGUGUAGUGCAUUUGCAGAAAGUCAGCUUGGCUCGGAGAUUUGCUUUAGUUCCUCUAGGGCCCCCAUUACUGGCUUACAAAAGCAACUGCAAGGCAAUGCUGGCUGCUACAGAUGGUGCUGUUCAACUGGUGGUGGAUCGGCCUUAUAAAGCUGGGGAAUCAAUUGUUGUCUGGUGCGGGCCGCAACCAAAUUCAAGGUUGCUUCUGAACUAUGGAUUUGUAGACGAAGAUAAUCCUUACGACCGUAUAGUGGUAGAGGCAUCACUGAAUACUGAGGAUCCUCAAUAUCAGGACAAGAGAAUGGUUGCUCAAAGAAAUGGAAAAUUAGCCGUCCAAGUUUUUCAUGUGUAUGUGGGAAGAGAAAAGGAAGCUGUCUCAGAUAUGCUUCCUUAUCUACGAUUAGGCUAUGUUUCGGAUCCAGCUGAGAUGCAAUCAGUUAUUUCUUCGCAAGGCCCCAUAUGUCCUGUAAGCCCAUGCAUGGAACGUGCGGUUCUGGAUCAACUUUCUGAUUAUUUCAAGGCUCGACUUGCUGGCUACCCUACAACCUCAUGCACAGAUAAUGCUUUGUUGGCAGAUCCCAGUUUGGACCCAAAGAAACGAGUUGCGAUCCAGCUUAUAAAAUUAGAAAAAAAAAUGCUGAAUGCAUGUCUUCAAGUUACAGUUGGAUUCAUAAACCAACUACCUGAUCACACUGUAUCUCCCUGCCCUGCUCCUUAUGCACCUCUAUUGAAAUAAAGGUUGCAGGAUCCUUCUCACUAGAAUUGGUUACUCACCUCAUCCGGUCAUAUCCUGCAAAGCUGAGCAAGUUCACAGCAGCAUUCACUGUCUCAAUUCUAAGGGUAAACUUAAACAAGGUCGCAAGUCAGGCUGUUCUAAAUUAUGUUGCGGCAUCCUGGAAUGUCUGGAUCAUAUCCUAGAGAGUGUGCUAUGGAUUCUGGGGCAUGGUGAGAUACAUUUUUUGGAUAUGUGAACGGGCAGCAAGCACUUGAUUAAGCUCUUGGAGGACCAGAGGGAAUUUGAUUUGGAUUUGAAGGUUAUCGAUGCAUCGUUGAAUAGCGGGGACUGUGCUGCAUCUGUUCAUGAUUGCUCCAUCCAUUCUUGCGUGCUUCAGGAGGUCCAAUAGUGUGGCCUGUGUCUGUAUAUUGGAGGACCAAAUUGUCUAGAAACAGUUAGCUGAAGGGUCUUCUUCAGGGCCUAUUUGGUUUUUCAAUUACAACAGUAAAUGACUGUAAAUGGAUAGUGAUUAUUUACUAUUGUAAUUGUGUGGUGACACAAGUUACAUUUGACUACAAUGACGAUUUUGCUACAUUGUCUGUUUCACCCUGAAAUUAAUGUAAAAUGGUAUAGUUUUGUAAUUUGAAAUUGUAAUGAUUACAAUUUACUGUACCUACUUCC